GUUUUUUAAUGUAUAUGUGUUUUGUGUAUGGGUACCGUUGUUGGUUAAUAUAUGUAUUUGCAGAUAGUGUGAGUGUGACAGGCGGUUGCCGCGAAUAACGAAACGCCACCACCAACACAUUACACGUCAUACGAAGCAUCGUGAACGACACGACGAAGGCAACGACGACGAGUAGGCGCCUACAAUCAACAUAAUAUUGUGGCGCUCGAAUACGUCUGCGUGUGUGUGUGUUGGAGCGAACGCGCAUGACUUACGCCGGCUGUAAGUUGGGGGCUAUGUGUGCAAGUGUAAGCGAGAAGACAAUAUAAACAACAAAGUGAACAAGUGGUAGUGAGCAUUACCGCAACAACAACAACAUUAAUACAUGCCACUAUUUCUGUUGUUUAGCUAUGUUGUUGUUGUGGUUGGAGCCGAGAGUAUUCCAACAUCGUAGAGAGUUGUUGCGUGGCAAUUUUUUGUUGUUGUUAUUGCUAUGUAUGUGUGCUGUUGCUGUUGGCCGCUGGCUAAGCUGAGCUGAGCUGCCUUGGCAUUCAUACGCAGACCAUAUUAACGUGUUUUUUGUUGUUCUUCUUGUUGAAGAAACACAAAACAUUUACAUACACACUUCCAUACAUACGAACACACAUACAGUUACUCGUUCACUCACUUGUACGCGCUGUGUCAGUCAGUCCGUUAGUUGGCCAGUCAGUCACUCACAGGUGAGCAGUAAAAGUAAAAGGCAGCAGCAGCAGGCGGCUGGAGCAGAGCGCAACGCUACGUGGUGUUGUUGGCAGCGGGUUUUAUUGGCUAGGAAAAGGCAGGCUGAGAAAAUCAGAAACCAUCAAAAUCGCGUAUCUAUAACACAUAAAAACAUAAAAACUGUAACUGUGGAGCAUUCAGUGAAAAGCGUUCGCUGAGGAAAUACGUCAUCAAAACGCAUUCAAAUCCUCAACAGCAACAACAACAACAAAAAGUAACAUGGCCAUCAAACCCGGUCUGGGUCGCAAGACAAGCAACAAGAAUCCACCCAUACUCAGCCAUGAGUUCGUUAUACAGAAUCAUGCGGACAUCAUCUCCUGCAUUGCGAUGGUAUUUGUGGUGGGCCUGAUGAACGAGUCGACGGCAUCGUUUGCGAGCGCCUUUAUAUCGCUUCAUCACAAUGUGAGUGGCGAGAAUCCCAGUCGCGAGCUUCCUGCUGGCAAGCCUUAUACCUACGUGGCCGGCAUUAAGGAUUACUGCGCGAUCUUCUUCUAUACGCUGACCUGCAUCAUUAUGCAUGCGAUAAUCCAGGAGUUUGUGCUGGACAAGAUCAGCAAGAAGCUACAUCUCUCCAAAUUCAAACUCACCCGCUUCAAUGAGUCCGGCCAGCUGGUGGCCUUCUAUCUGUUCUCUUUUCUGUGGGGCGCUCAUGUGGCCUUGCGCGAGGGCUAUCUGGGUCAGGUGGCGCUCCUGUGGGAGGGCUUCCCAGAUCAUCCGAUGACCUUCCUGCACAAGUUCUACUUCAUCAUCCAGUUGGCCUAUUACCUGCACAUGUUGCCGGAGCUAUACUUCCAGAAGGUGCGCGCCAAGGAGGAGCAACAGCCCAAGAUUAUUCAUUCCAUUAGCGGCUUCACACUCAUCGUGCUUGCCUACACGUUCAGCUUCCAACGUUUGGCGCUGGUGCUGCUCACCCUGCACUACUUUAGCGAGCUGCUCGCUCAUGUCUUCCAGCUGAUCGGCGUGUUUGAUCGUGAGGAGCGUUUGGCGCGCGCCCGCAUCGUCAACAGCGUGAGUUUCGUGCUGGUGCGCUUCGCCACCUCGGUGAUUGGCGUGCUGACGCUCUACUAUGGCAUCGGUGGUGCUGGUGGCUCCUACAAACUGCGCGCCCUCCUCGCCCUCGCUGGACUGGUUGCGCUGCAGGGCUAUCUGGUCUUCUCUUUCAUCACCGAGGAGCUGCGCGCUAAACGCGAGGCCAAACGCGAGGCCAAGCUGCAGGCGUCGCAAUCCAAAAAGGUGAAAGCACCCAAGGACAAGGUGAAGCGCAAGAAGGAGAGCGACCUGCCCGAGGCCGACCAGACGACGCCCAGUCCCGUUAAGCAGAAGGUGAAGUGAGCCAGCCGUUCACUAAUUCAAGUGGCAGACACAAGACCACAUUUUCCGCACACUUCCACAUGCGACGAGCCGCACAAUUGACAUUAUCUCUCGAGCUCCGGUAGCAGCAAAACAUUACAAAGAAAAGAAAAAAACAGCAACAACAGGAACAGACGCUAUACUGCACAACAGAAAACAUGAAGCUGGAAGAAACAGAAACAAAACACGAAAUCGAACGAAAAACGUCGCUGCAUUUAAACCACUUUUUCUCUGAGUGCAAUCAAAAAAUGCGCCGCAUUCCAAUAUCAUUUUAGAAAGAAUUUUUAGUACACACUGCGAGUUAAAAAGUGUUUGUUUCUUUUUAAGUUUUUUUUUUAUUAUUAAUUUUAUCAUUUUUGUUUUGAUAAAGAACAUUUUUUAUUUUUAUACAUAAAUACAAAAAGAGAAAAACUUAACUGAAAGCGUCGUUUGUUCUCCGUUUUCCAUGUGCGUGGCAAGAAAUUUGUUUAAGCUUAAUGUUUGUUUACACAUACACAUAAUUUAAUAGCAUGUGUUAUUAUUAUUUUUAAUUUUUUUCUUAGUCGUCAACUCUCUCAGAACAUUUUGCAUAACACUUAAGAACAUUUUUACGUCCUAUUUGCAUGUAAAACUAUUUUUUAUACAAAGAAAAAUGAAAAAUGUGCAAAAACUGUAACAAAAGAAUCGCAAAAUAUAUAUUUUGUAUAAAAUCGUA